AUGACUGAGACCACCAGAAAAUUUGCCUUCAAAAAAUCCGCACUUGCAGACAAAGCAGAUAAAAUUUGGUCAGAAAGUAAACUAGAUUUCACUGCCUCCGCUAGAACAACGAAUCACGUUCAUUUAGAAAAGAAAAGUUUGGGUGAUGUUUUAGAAAAAAUAGCAUCAAAACCAAAAGACCAGGAAGGGGAAGAUCAACAGAAUUCAUCAAAUUCAUUUGUUUUUGGUUCGAAAAUUUCCGAUCGCGUGAUAAAAAAUGCAGCAACUGUGGAUACUAAAGAAGACGAUACUACUCUGCUUUCCGCAACUGAUCUGUUUAAAACCGCUGUAAAGAAGGAUGACGAGAAACCAGAUACACGGGAUUUCCGAGAAUUGGCCAAGGAAGAAGCUGAACGUGUGAAAGAAGCGAUGAAGCAACAAGCAAGCACGUCAAUUGUUGAGCUCACAACCGGCGAAGAGGCUGAUGAGAAUAUAUUCCAGGCAUCGUGUAAAAUCUGGGUGUUCGACAAAGAAAAGAAUAAGUAUGUGGAGAAGGGAGUCUCUAUUCUUCGCAUAAACAAACGGUGUGAAAAUGGUCGCACACAUCAUCGAAUUGUCGCAAGAACAUCCGGAACCCUUAAAGUUGUAAUCAAUUCAAAAAUUUUCGCGGACAUGGUCUUGGAAAGACCUGACAAGCGGAUUCGAAUUUCUGCCAUGGGUCCUGAAUCCAAGGUGAUUCAAGUAUUUCUUCUUAAAUUCGGGUUCUCUAAAACUGAAACGGGGGCUGAAGCUGAACAAUUUUUCAAUAUUUUGAGUGAUCUCCUUAAACUUGAAAAGGGCGAACAAAGUCGAAAACGAAAGGCUGAUUGUGAUUUGAACGCUGAAUCUGUAAAAAUUCGCGAUGCCAAAGAUGACGAAAGUAAAUCCGAUGAGAAAAAAGAGGAGGAUGAAGAUAAAAAUUACUUUUUUUGGGUUGACGAAGGAUUCGUGAUUUUGGAGAAGCCUCGUCCAGAAGAAGAAGAGGAGCUGAACAAGGAAAAAGAUGAUGAAGAAAAAAACGCAUAG